AUGACACAUUCUAAAGUUUUACUUACCGGCGCUUCCGGUUUUUUGGGCAUCUAUGUGCUUAAGACCCUUUUUGAGCACGGAUACUCUGUUAAGGCCACUGUUCGCUCAAAGGAAAAGGGCGACUAUCUAAUUGCAACUUUCCCCAAUAAACCUCUGGAAAUUGCAAUUGUCGAAGACAUUCAAGAACCUGAUGCCUUUGACGAGGCUCUCAAGGAUACAUCCAUCACAGCCGUCAUUCACACAGCAUCACCUUUUUUUUCUGCUAAAACUGAUCCAGUCAAGGAGCUCUUAGAUCCAGCAAUCAAAGGCACCAAAAAUAUUCUCCGAGCUAUAAAAACACACGCCCCGCAAGUUACUACAGUGGUCAUCACCUCUUCUAAUGCUGCCAUUAACAACGUCUCCAAGUAUUAUGAUCACAGUUUUGUUCACACCGAAAAAACCUGGGCUGAUGUAACUUGGGACCAAGCUAUCUCCGAUCUCAACUUGACUUACCGUGGCAGUAAGACGUUUGCCGAGCGUGCAUUUUGGGACUUUAUUGCAGAAGAAAAACCAAACUUCACUGGUACAACUGUCAAUCCCACACUUAUUUUCGGACCCCUCUUGCAACAAGUUGCUUCACCGGAAGCCAUCAAUACUUCGAAUGCUUUUUUGUGGAAAUUUUUGAUUCACUCUAAGCCAAACGAUACUACAGACACAUAUUCCAAUAACCCAGAUCUUUGGGUAGACGUUCGUGAUGUAGCUUUGGCUCACGUCUUGCCUCUCGAAAAGCCUUCUCUUGCAGGUAAACGUUUGUUUCUGACUUCCGAUUUUUACACAGUUCAAACGCUUCUUGACAUUGUUAAUGAAAGGGUUCCUGCACUUAGAGGAAAGAUUGCAAUUGGCCAGCCAGGUACCGGAAACAAAAAUGUAGAGAAGGUGUAUCAGUAUGAUAACCAUGUUACCAACGAAUUACUCGGCAUCAAAUAUCAUACUUUGGACGACACUAUUGUUGAAACUGUGAAUUCUCUUUUAGAACUUAAGGAUAAUAAUGCUUAA